CAAUGGCUGAAAACUCAGUUGCAGCAGGGACAGCGGUGCCAACUGUACUGGAUGAGCUCCUGGAGAUCACAGCUCAGAGUCUGGUGCGCACAGAGGUGGCCGAACACUAUGAGGUUAUUCGGGAGCUGGGCAGGGGCAAGUAUGGCCACGUGAUGCUCGUGACUCACAGGCAGAGAGGGACUCCUAUGGCUCUCAAAUUGCUACCCAAAGCCAGUACCAAGCUGCACACGUUCCUGUAUGAGUAUUGUGUGGCGCUCUCCCUUGCUACCCACCCUGCCAUCAUUGGCAUGUUUGGAAUUGCCAUCGAGUCAAGUCAGUACUACGGCUUCCUCUACGAACCAGCAUUGCACAAAGACCUCAUCUCUAUCAUCAAACCCCGGGAUGGGAUCCCUGAGGCAGCCGCUAAGCAGUGUGCCAAGCAGCUCGUGAGUGCACUGGAGUUCAUCCACAGCCGGGGGCUCGUGUACCGUGACGUCAAGCCUGAGAACGUGCUGCUUUUUGAUCCUGAGUGUCGGCGCAUCAAGCUGACUGACUUCGGGCUUACACGGCCCAAGGGUACCAAGCUCAAGCUGGUGGCUGGUGUAAUCCCUUACACCGCUCCCGAGCUGAGCAACACAACUGAUACCCAAGGAGUGCCCAUUGACACCAGCUUAGACGCCUGGGCGUUCGGCGUGCUGCUUUUCUGCCUGCUGACCGGCUACUUCCCCUGGGAGCAGAGCCUGCCAGAUGACCCUUUCUUUGAGGACUUCAUGCUGUGGCAGGAGACAGGCCUGGAGGACCCCCCCCCCCGCCACUGGAAACGCCUGACAGCUGAGGCUGCCCUGAUGCUGCGGAGCCUGCUGGCACUAGAUCCUGCCAAGCGCAGCCCUGUCAGUGGGGCACUACGCUACGUCGAUUGCCCUUGGCGGCUGGAGGAUGGGCACAGUGAGGAGGCUGCGGUGAAACCCUAG